CAGCGAACGGCCCACGCCAUCCUCACCUUCAACACCAAGGAGAGUGCCAACCAAGCAAUCAGAUUUGGCCUCUCGGUCGCAGGUAAGAAAGUAUACGCCAGGAAACUGAUUACGGAACCCUCCAGAUGCCUUAAAUGCCACUCCUUCGACGGUUCACACAUGGCCAAGGACUGCCCACAGGAGGAAGACACCUGCGGGACAUGCGGUGGAUCACACAGGACCUCCACCUGCACAAUAAAGGACCAAAGUAACUUCUACUGCGUGAACUGCAACGUCCAGGGCCACGCCACCUGGAGUAGAGACUGCCCAACAUUCAACGCGAAGUGGAACACUCACAAGAACCGAAAUGCAGAAUCUACAUACCGCUACUACCUAACUGAUGACCCCCUUACCUGG